AUGCGCAUGGUCCACACAUCACGCCCUGUUCUAUUCCAAAAUUGCCCAUUACCUCUGCGUCAAGAAUGGACGGACGAAUACCUUGCCACUACAGUUGGCGAGAUAGAUGUUUCUGUCACGCCUGACGGACGUGCAGAUGCGCUCGUUGACAUCGACGACAAGACCUACUUUGCGGAACCGCUCGUGGAAAGAAUGUCCAUGAAAGAUUUUCUCACACGUCUCGAUAGUAACGACCACACCAAUGAGAUUCUCUAUUUGCAAUCGCAAAACGAUAACCUUGAUUAUGGGUCUAGAAGUGGUACGGGAGACUUUGCAAGGAUCAGAACAGACAUUCCUCCUGAUAUACAUUGGGCUUCUGCUGCGUUGGGCCGGCAACCAGAUGCAGUAAACAUUUGGAUUGGGAGUGACAAGAGUGUAACGAGUGUGCAUAGCGCAGAUCCAUAUGAGAAUGUUUAUGCAGUUAUACGAGGAGCGAAGAUCUUCACCCUUUUCCCUCCAACAGAAGGAUGGUGUUUACAGGAAAGGGAGUAUCCUCACGCCCGGUGGAUUCGAGAUUCGAGCGGCCAACUAUGUCUCAAGCCAACUGCCGACCAGACUGUACGGUGGUCUUCCAUUCGAGACCCCACGGAUCCCCCACCGCUCACUCGCCCUGUCACUGUUUUGGUGAGACGUGGGGAAAUGCUCUACCUACCAGCUGGAUGGUGGCACUAUGUGCAGCAGGUUUCGAGUCGAACGAUUGCCGUGAAUUAUUGGUACGACUUGGAGUAUCAAGGUCACAACUGGCUGUUCCUGAGUUACCUCCGCUCACUCGGGUUGUCUGAUGAGAAAUGA